UAGUGCAGAAAAUAGAUUUGGAAUUUGAUGUGAGUAGAAACAAGAGUGAAGAAGAUUUUCCUAAGACAUCUAAUUGGUGUUCUAGGAGCUACAAGGAUCAUCAUUAUUACAAAAAAAAAAAGAAAAAGGAACCGAACUGAGUUGGUCCAUUUUGUUGUUUCUUUGGCCUGCGCAUUUCAGGCUUUAAAGGGAUAUGUCACAUGCAUGCUCGUUGAGGGUUGCGAAGCUUUUAAAUUUCGGGGCUGUAUCAACACCUAGCUUGUUAAGGUCAUCGAGGGUUCAUUUGCAUUUCGCCGUCAAGAGCUUCAGUAGUAAAAUUCAAAUGGAAAAUGGUAUGGGUGAUAAUCCCAGAGGUGCAUUGGUUGUUUUAGAAGGUUUGGACCGAAGUGGGAAAACAUCACAAGCUAGUGGAUUGCUCUCAUACUUGGAAGGACAAGGGUUGUCAGCUGAGUUAUGGCGGUUUCCAGACAGAAAUACGUGUGUUGGGCAGAUGAUAUCUUCAUAUCUUUCCAACAAGUCAGAAUUAGAUGAUCGGACGAUCCAUCUUCUUUUCAGUGCAAAUCGUUGGGAGAAGAGAACAUUGAUGGAGAGUAAGUUGAGGAGUGGGACAACCCUAAUUGUAGACCGCUAUUCUUACUCUGGUGUGGCUUUUUCAUCUGCCAAGGGUCUUGAUACUGAAUGGUGUAAGGGUCCAGAGAUAGGUUUGCUGGCUCCAGAUCUAGUAGCAUACCUUGACAUACCACCCCAGAAAGCUGCAGAAAGAGGAGGUUAUGGAGGUGAGAGAUACGAGCAGCUUGAGUUCCAGAAGAAAGUUGCUCAACACUAUGAGAUGCUUCAUGAUCCCACAUGGAAGAUCGUUGAUGCCUGCCUUCCCAUGGAAGAGGUAGCAAAACAGUUGAGGGAGAUUGUAAUGGAUUGCAUAGUUAAUUGCCGGAAAGGGAAACCACUAACUGAGCUAUGGCAAAGGAACCAGGAAGGUGUAGGUGGUGGUGCAGGAUUUCUCUCUGUAUUAAGAAGCUGCCCAGGAAGGAGUUGAAAUCUGCGAGCAAGGAAGCGGAUUUCUGCUGCUACUUGGACCUGCCAUGAACCAAGAUUGUGCUGUUUCCAUAAUUCUUUGGAAUUUAGUUGGAUAAGGGCCCAAAUUUCUUAGCUAAUUCUCUCAAUUAUAUCGGAAAAAGUUUACCUGGCUUGCUGUUAUUCUAUGAAAUCUGAUUAUGGUUUCACAAUUCCGUUAUUUAGAAACUUCUAAAUUUGAUAAUACAUGGAAACCUUUUUCUUGCUGUAAAAAAAUUAAAUUUUUGAACGAGUUUAGGAAACCUCUA